ACCGGACAAAUGGCAUGGAGGAGAUUGAUUGACAGUCCCUCAGCCAAUCGGGAGGCAGAAGACAAUGCGGGUUCUCCCUUAGUGAAUCAGGCUCAGAACACAAUGUGUUCAUACGCUGUAAAAAAAAAAAACCCAAAAAAGCAUGCUACACUGUAAAAAAAUUGUACACAAAAAAAUCCAUGUAAUAGUGAGGCCGUGUAAAGUGAAGCGCGUUAUAGUGAGGGGUCACUGCACUUAGCUAUCCACAAAACAACAAUGCUUUUAUGGAAAAACAACCUAAGUUGAAUCAAAAUACGUUUUAAAAUUGUUGUCGUCUGUGAAAUAAGCAUGAGCCAGGCCACACGACCGAUGUGCUGGAUGGCUUUUGGAUGAGUAACCCAAAGAUAGAGUCCAACGAUGAAGAAGAGGCAGUGAAAAAGUACUGGAUGGGUAUUGAUCAACAUUCUGCAACCAUCAUCACCACCAAAUCCACUGAAGAGGAUGUCACAAAUCGGAAUGCUGGCGCUUGUGAGGAGACGUCCACAAGCAGUCGGAGCACUGCGCUCUUGCAUCGUUCCUUCUCACCGGAAGAGGACAAUAAAAGCAUAUUACCUGAAGAAAACAUCAGUAAAGGCCACAGAAGAUCUGACUCUUUACCAGUGGCAAUCAAACACAUUCCUAAUAUCAGUGUGGAGGAUGAAUUACAGAAGUAUAAUACCCCGUUAGAAGUCGCCCUCAUGCGGAAAGCAGCGGGCGGACCAGAAGCAAUCGGAAAAUCACCUGCUGUCUCGCUUCUGGACUGGUAUUACCUGGACAAAGAACUAAUCCUCGUCAUGGAAAGACCAAUUCCCUCUAUGGAGCUUUCAGAUUACCUCAUAUCCCGUGGAGGCUGUAUGGAUGAAAAUGAGGCGAAGAUCCUUCUAAAUCAGUUGGUGGAUGCCGCCAUUGACCUGCACAGUAAAGGUGUGUUUCACCAGGACAUCAAAUGUACAAAUGUCCUGGUAGAAUAUGGUUCUGGUAACCCGCAUAUAAGAAUUAUUGACUUUGGCUGUGGCAGUUUUGUACAAAGGAAACCCUUCUGGAAGUUCCGAGGUACCCUCGAACUAGCCCCCCCAGAGUGGCAUAUACGCAAAAAAUUCAAAGCUGGUCCCACUACAGUAUGGCAGCUGGGAGCCCUACUGUACCGCCUACUACAUGGCAACAUGUUUCAUACCAUGGCCUUUGUUAGCAGCAGAAUAGGUCUCAGCACUGAACUAUCACAAGAAUGUCUCGACUUCUUGCAGCUGUGUCUAGCUGUACGCCCCAAACAGCGUGCCACCCUGCAGCAGAUGAAACACCACCCCUGGCUCAACACAUAACAUACAUCAGCAAACACCUAUUAUACAACAUAAACAAAUGAUAUCUACCUGAUUAAGCCAGCUGUUCUGACCUCCAGGCUGGCAUAUCACUCCACCCACUCCACCACAUGUUACGAUAUUAUUUCAGUAUUGUUCCAAUGAUGACCACCAGCCAGCACAAUCACGCUACCUCAAGAUCACUGAGCACAGUCUCCGAUAGCACCACUUUGAUGGUGAGAAAAAGCUGCACACGGCCAGUCUUUGUGUCGCUAAAGAUGCCAGGAAUGACUGCCCUUCACUGUCAGUACUACUCGUACUGGUGUCAACAGCAGCGGGAAGGGAACCUCGAGGCAACGUCCAGUGAUUAAUCAAGGUUCUGUUUGCGGAAGCUGGAUGACCGCAUCCAAGUAUGGAGACACCAUAGAGAAUGCAAUGCAAAUUGCUGGUAUCUUUCAAUGGGGCCAGUGUGAUAGUGUGGGGCCGUUUCUCUCUGAAGGAAAUUUCUUCAUGGAGAUAUUAGAAUGACAUUUUGGAGCCAGUGGCGAUCCAAUAUUUCCAGAAUCUGGGACUGAACUCCAUCCUCCAGAACUGUGGUAGGAGGUUAUGCUAAGUUAUGUUAUG